AUGAACCUUGUGCAGUGUGCGGAUGCCCGUAUUGCUGCCGCCCUGCAGCCGCGCCUCACCGGCCGCAAGUUCGCUGUUGUGCACUGCGGUGGCCAUCAAUACAAAGUCACUGCCGGCGAUGUGAUUGCGGUCCAGCGACUGCGUGCGGAGAUUGGCAGCCACAUUGCACUGAAGAAAGUACUCCUCGUGGGUGCCGCCGGCUUCACGGCAGUGGGCCGCCCACUCCUGCACGGUGCCCGAGUGACGGCUGUAGUAGAAGAACAGAAACGAAUGCGGAAUGUCGUCUCUCUCUUCGCCACACCCGGACGGCGGCAUAUGCGGUGGAUAGAUGCCCCACACGCAGCGACGAUAUUACGUAUUCGUGAAGUGCAUUACACCCCACAAGUAGUGGCGGAACUCGAUAAGUAUAAUGGUCAGAUCAUUCCAACAGCGGAAUUCGCACCGGAUAAACAUACCAAUCCAGUGUAUACAGCAGAUGAUGGGUAUGAUGUGUUUAGGAAGCGGGACACCACCGCAGUGGAGGAGGCCAGUGCGUUUCUGGACCUCAUGACAUAG